AUGAAGUUUGAGUUUAAGUCAGUGUGCUAUUUUGAUAUGACAAUGACGUUAAGAUUUAAGAGGAAAAAAAAUAUGAUGUUUUAUUUCAAACUAUUAUGGGUGACAACAUUUGUUCAUACAACAUUUUGUUUUCCUUCUUCUGGACCGGACUUAGACUGGAUUGUUAAUUCAAAAAUGAUGCAUUUUCCCGGAAAGAUUAACCUUAAGGAUGGUGCACAGAUAUUCGAGAUAUGCAUAAACAGUCGUAUAUUCCUGGAUAAAAACAUCUCGAGCUAUAUCCACCUGGAAGUGAAAAUUGAGACCUCAUUGAAUGCGACUGAUGUGAGCAGCAAACCGACAAUUACCUAUGCAAUGAUGGGUUUUGCUGGUGUGUCUGUUAUUGUACUGUAUAUUGGAAUAAUUAUGGCUAAAACUCGACAUGAAGGCAUCAACGUUAUUGCUGAAAUCAUGAUCUUCUAUGCCUAUAAACCUGCACAAUGUAGAAAACUCGCCAGCUAUGUUAGCUGUGAGGAAGGAUAA